CCCAUCAGGAAACGCAUCAGUUUAGUGCUGAUGUUAUCUGUGAUGCUACAAAUGAUCAGACAGCAGUCUGAGACAGUCCCGCAGUGCACACUCGAGAACAUGUUUGUGGCAGUGAUGGACAACAUUUUCUUGCUUGUGCUGGUCACUCUUCUCAGCGUCAUUCAGAAUGUGUUCUUCGCCUUGAAGGUUGAGAAAGAGUGCACUCAUUCUAAGAAUUCUGCAGCGUUUGAGCGUUUGUCCUGUGCAAAUCGAAACUGCAUGGACACGUACCCCACAUUUCUGGCAGUACUGUGGUGCGCAGGUAUCUGCCUCAGCCAAGCUCCAGCUGCCUUUGCUGGCAUCAUCUACCUUGUGGUCCGGCAGAAGUACUUUGUUGGCUACCUGGGGCAGACUUGCCAGAGCACUCCUGGCUUCCUGUUCGGGAAACGCAUCCUCUUCUUCCUGUCACUCAUGUGUGUUGUGGGAAUCAUAAAUCACCUGAUGCUCACCUAUGGUGGCAGUGACUACAAAGAGUACAUCCAGACCAUCACCAAAGCAGCGUCAACACUUCUGCUCUUGCCCUGAACUGUGCAUGAGAGAUUUUUCUGCAGCUGAAACGGUAGAGUUAACAGAUCAGUGUAGAUAAACUCUUUGGGUUAAUGGUUUGUCAGUUAGAGGAUGUGGCAAGAACAGUGUGAAGCGUUCACAGUGAUGGUCACAAAGGCAUUUAAUUGCAAUAUAAUAUGUACAUUUAAAAAAGCUUUACAAAACAACAAAAGACUGUUUUUACUGUUACUAUCCCAGCAUGUGAUAUUUGAAGAAAUGUUUUAAAUGGGUCAUAUCAUGCUUUAGUUUUUUCAUUGAGGUCAACGCGUAAGCUUAGUAAAGAUUUGUCAAAAAAAAGUUUCAUUUUCACACCUCUUUAAGCUUUAGAUUUAAAUUUUUGGUUACUGUGCCUUUAAAAAUGGCAAGUUCUGCUAUGGCACCGGAUUGCAGGUUUCCUGUUGUGUGAAAUAUAGUUCAGCAAAAUCCUCAGCCUCUUUGCAAAGGCUGUAUUACAUGACAGGGUUACAAAAUAAUUAGUGAUGAAAUGUCAGAAUGAAAUUAUCAGGGUAUAACUGCACAAAGGACUGCGAUAUGGCGAUAUGGCCAAAACAAUUGUCACAAUUAAAUGCUCAUAUCAGUUCAUAAUGAUAAUUAUCUCAAUAAAUUUCAAAUCGUGAUUACCUCAUACGUAGAUAUUGAAAGGUAAUUAUUCUGACAGUUUUACUUUUAUUAAAAUUAACCACUGGUCUUCCAUAGUAGCAUACUAUCACCCACAGUUAAAACCACACCACCUCCAUAUUAUAUUGUUUCUAGUUAUUUGCAUUAAAAAAAAAACAGUAGUCACAUUUAAUAUAAAUGCACAAAUGCUAUAGCUUGAUCACAAAAAAAAUGUAUAUUCCCUUACUCUUUUAAUACAUUUAAAGCUGCAGUAGGUAACUUUUGUAAAAAAUAUAUUUUUUUACAUAUUUGUUAAACCUGUCAUUAUGUCCUGACAGAAGAAUAUGAGACAGAUAAUCUGUGAAAAAAAAUCAAGCUCCUCUGGCUCCUCCCAGUGGUCCUAUUGCCAUUUGGAGAAAUUCAUCUGCUCCCGGUAAGAAAUAACCAAUCAGAGCUGCGGUCCAUAAGUUUCUGUUCAAAAUUUACAAAAUGUAUAUAAUAAGUGAGUACACCAUGAAUCCAUUGUCCAAACCGUGUUUUUAGCUGGUCUUGAAUCACUAGAGUACAUCUAUAGUAAGUGUUUAUAUUCGGACUAUUUUAGAUUGCUUCGGGGGUACCGUGGCGGAGUAACCCAGUACCUUUGUGAUUCUUCAUAGACAUAAACAGAGAGAAGUAGCUCCGGCUACGAUGUUCUUCCGCAAGAUGCAAGCAGCUGUUUAUUAUCCACUAGAGCAUCAAAAGUCACAGACUGCAGCUUUAAUUUAUGUCUACAUUAAUAUUAUCAUAAAAUUUCAUAUAAUUAUUCCACAUUCCUGCCACAAUACCAUGGUGCAGUUAGUGUUACUGGUAAUUCCAUGGUAAAUCAUGGUGAUUGGUACAUUGAAAAGUCCUCUAAAUGUAUCGUUGCGCAGUGUUUCUCCUGUUUUUCAACACUGCUUAAGUUGGCUUUAAAUUAGUUUAAAAUAGAGUCAUUUGUGUUAUUUGCUGAAUUCAAGCACAUUUCAUUGUUUUGUUUUUGGUCCAUAAACAUUUUAUUGAACAUUUAACGAACUCUUAUCGUUUCAUCAAAGAGAAUUACAUCAUGAUAAUUAUGGUUUUAUCGCCCAGCCCUAACUGCAGGUUUCUGUUAAUUGUCUGUAAGUAUAUGCAGAGCAGUAGGUGCUACACAAGCCAGAAACAGCACAAGAGGUGUGUCAACUUAAAGCGUAACGUGAGGUUAGAUAAUAUAAUUGUCUGUUUAUUUGGAUUGAUUUCAGUAAUCCAAAAAGAUCCCCCUCUGAUUCCUCGUGAUAUGACCCAUUUAAAGCAAUGAAGGUAACUCAUUCAGGCACUUUUGCAUAGAGAGAAGUAUUUGACCUAUCUUGAGUUUGUUUACAAUGUGAGGAUUUAUGAAAUUGACCUUUCUGCUUCAACAGAUUUAUAAUUAAGAUUAUGUUCCAUUGAUC